UGUAGAAGUACUGAAAACAACAACUUCUCAUGGAGAAGAAUGAGAAACAAUAACUUCUCAUGGAGAAGAAGUCCUGAUCACCUGCGCUCGGAGGCUGGAGAUAAACGGCAGAGCUGGAGUGGACAGAGCGAGACAUGAAGAACCUGAAGAUUCCUUUGGUCUCCUUGUUAAAGGUUCUGCUGAUCACUCUCGUGCUUUCUCCAGCGGCGGUGCUCAGUUUCACAUCUACAAAGGUGAAGCUUCAUGAGGCCGCCAGUCUACCCUGCUACCAGACAUGCACAGGUUUGGUCACAUGGGCACAUAAGGAUGACAUUCUGGCUCAGUGUGACCAGACGUCGUGCCAGUCAGAGGAGGGAUUUCAGAUGAGCCAUGAUGAGUACCUGAAGGGAAAUCUGUCGCUGACCAUCACUGAAGCUGAUUUCAGUAAGAGGAAGUGGUACACAUGCAAGUGUGAUGGUGAAGGCAUCUGUGAUGUGAGUCUGCGGCUUGAGCCCUUCAGUUACCCGCUCAGUGUUCACGUUGGAGAAUCCCUCAUUCUGGAUUUGCCCAUCCCAGAUGAUGUUGAGGUUACCGUUAAGAAGACUGAUGGUCCAACCACCUUCAGCCUCUGUAAGAUUGAAGGACAUAAAGCUUGGUGUGAGUCUGGGUACAAGCAGAGAGUGUCGGUCAGUUCCAAUCUGCGGCUGAAAGAGGUGAAGAACGAUGAUGGCGGCAUUUACAUCAUACGAGACAUCAAGAAUGAUGAGGUCAUUGGGAUGUACACGGUCACUGUCAAUGGAACAAAGCGAGAUGUCAGCGAUGUAGAAGGAACACCGCCAGGCCACACUGGCUCUGUUGCAGCGACACUGGCAGCAGUACUUGGGGCGUUGCUGGUGGUUGCUAUUCUGGUGAUCAUAUUGCUGUUUGUAAAGAAUCAGAAGCUGAAGAAAUGCCUGGAACACGCGCCAGUAGGCAUGCAGCAAGUACAGCAGCAAGAACAACAGGAAGAACAGGUGAAGCAUGAGCCUGAAGCUGUUCUGCACAUUGCUGUGAUGGAGACAGAAGAUGGCCAGGAGAUUAUAGAGCAGAUAAAGAUUCAGCAGGAUGAAGCUGAUCCUCUGCUGGAGACAGAUUCUCCUGUGAACCCCCCAUCAGCCACGGAGGAGCCGCCACUCUCUGUUCCAGUUUCAGAGUCCUGCUCACAAUAUUCAGAUUCUCAAACUCGAGUGUUCAAUUAGAUCUCAAUGAAGACUGGCCCCCUUCAAACUGGACAUCUGGUGCUUAUGACACGGUCAGCAGACUGAUGGAUCACACCAUGCUUUGGGGUUAUGCUUUAAUGUUGGUACUGGGUUAUCCUCUGCCUUGAAGACCCUUUGGGGAAAAAAAUUCAUUACAUCAUGCUCAUAUUGUUCAUACUCACAUGUAUUGUUUUAUUUUUGCCAUGUUAACCAUCCUUACUCUUCUGUCAGGGCUGUUUUUAUACUCUUCAUACUCAAAUAAAUAGCUUCUUAAUAGAACUGAAAUUUUGUCAAAUAA